GUCCUCUCUCCACCUAUACAUACAUACGUACAUCCACUUUUUGCUUCUGUCACUGUGCAAGACAAGAGGCAGCAGCCCCUUGCUUCUACAGGAGAUGGCGCCCAGCUUUUGUUAGGACUAAGGGCAACCCUUGGGUUAUCAGACUAACCCCCGGGACUUUUCGGGAAAAGAAAUAGACCAGCAUUGAGAAUGCUAACGCGAAUAUCGUCGAUUCGAAAUCUUUGCAGGAUGAAAUGAUUUCUCCAAGCAACAGAAGAUAAUUAGACAGGCAAGGAUUAUAAGCGCUCCCGAACUGAGCAUUCAAGUUUAUUUUGCAAGUGAUAAAAGUCUAUCCGUGAUGUCAGAAAAAUCUGAACAUUAUUUGACUGGCGUUUUAUUAUUUGCACUUCUGGCGUCAAGCGUCAGUGGACACGGUCGCCUUGUGGACCCCCCAGCAAGAUCAACCAUGUGGAGGUUGGGCUUCGACACCCCCACCCACUACAACGACCACCAGCUCUUCUGCGGAGGAUACUCGCGUCAGUGGGGCAAAAACCACGGUCGGUGUGGUGAGUGUGGUGACCCUUGGGACCUGCCCCGCCCCAGACCCAAUGAGGCAGGUGGAACUUGGGGCACAGGUGUCAUCUCCAAAGUAUAUCGCCAAGGUCAGAUCAUUACAGUGACUGUUCACUUAACUGCCAACCACAUGGGAUGGUUUGAGUUCCGUUUAUGCCCGAAUAACAAUCCUAAGCAUUAUGUGAAGCAAAGUUGCCUUAACAAGCACGUCCUCAAGUUGGUGGACUACCCAGGAACAAGGUAUGAGCUGAAACAUUCUCAAACGGGCUUGUUCAGAAUCCGUCUGCAGCUGCCAGAAAACGUCAUCUGCAGCCAGUGCGUUCUUCAGUGGCACUACACUACAGGCAAUAAUUGGGGUUUCUGUAAAGAUGGAUCCAAUCAACCAGGAUGUGGCCCUCAAGAAGUUUUCCGAGGCUGUUCGGAUGUGGCAAUCUUCACUCCUGAUGAUUCGACCUAUUUCCUGUUCCACAAUCUCACAAGAGAGGCUGACCUGUCUCAGUUUUUGCAUCUCAAUGAAACGCCUCAAGCUGAUGAAGAAGAAUAUGACAACACUAUAAAGACAGAUAUUACUGGAACCACAGACGGUCCACAGACUAACGAUAUUAAUGUGACAGAAGCUGUUGAUGUAGAACCUAAGAAGGUUAAAAAUAUCAAAGCGAACAAUGUUCGCAAUUCUCGUUUCCCUAAUACUAGGAGACCUUCUAUAACAUUCAUUGAUGACCAGAAACCAAAAUCUAAAACUACUGAUGAGAUGCAAGUGUUAAAAUUUGCACAUAAUUUUCGUAGAAAGCACCAAAACUCUGUUAAAAUGGUGGGCAAGAAAUAUGUAUCAUCAGAUGACUUCAGAAAGGGAUAUCCCAAAGAUGACCCAAUAUCCGCACCAACUCCAUUUUUACCUUACAGUGAAGAAACAUUUGAAGAACAUAAACCUAUAAUAAUCAACCCAAAUUUAGUAGGGGUCUCACCAAGUCCUUUAGGCCCACCGGUUGUUUUCCAGCUGCCAUCACCAGAACACUCGUCCAUUGUUCACGAAUCUCUUAGCCACAAACAUCCCAGCCAAUCUCCUGAAGAAUACAGACUUGUAAUUGGAGAUUCCAGGAGUGAAACACUUAUUCCGGAUGCUGUUGAAACAACUUUGAUCAUUCCUGUGCAAGAUACUUCGUCACAUAGCCCAACCUUGCCCUUAACUACAUUACAGAUGCUUUCAGGAAUUACCUCAGCAUCAAAUGGCGAAGUUUCCACUGCUGGAUCACCUGUCUCUGCUAUGCAGGUUCCAGUAUCCAGUCAACACGAUGGAGAUGCAAUGCAGCGCCUCAUGAUUCUGAAACAAGUUCUUGAUCUUGCUGCUUCCUCUGCCAAUAUUCCUCAGGAAUCACCUGUUGUUCUUAUCAUCGCCUGAGGAACUGGACUGUAAUUGUACAUGUUGUUAACGUCGUAAACCUCAUUUCCUUCUGUCUGUGUAAAGAGCGUUUUUUCCUCUGUUGUUUGAUAUGUUAAUGAUGCUUUUAUUGUGUGCCGAAUACAUCUAGUAAAGAUAUC